AUGAUAAAUAAUAAUCACAAUAACAGUAACAGUAACAGUAACGAUAAUAACAAUAAUAACAAUAAUAACGAUAAUAAUAAUAAUAAUAGUAAAAUAGAAAUACAUAAUGGAGGUAUUAAUAGUGUUAGACAUUUAUUUGAAAAUAGAGGAUAUCAUUUACACGUCACAGAGACCAGAUAUAAAAACGAUGCUUACCGAAUCUCAUCACAGUUAUCACAAAAAGACUGUGAUGGCAUAGUGUGUGUUGGUGGUGAUGGCCUGCUUCAUGAAGUUAUAAAUGGUUUGCUCAGUAGAUCAGACUCCUCAAUCGCCAGACAUAUCCCCAUCGGUGUAAUACCAGCUGGAACCAAAAACCUACUUGCAGUAUCACUCGGUAUCACAUCUCUUGAGCAAGCAGUCGAAAUCAUCUUGCGUAACUCAAUACACUAUGUAGAUGUUUUAUCGAUCAGCUCUGUAAAGCAACACUUUCUAUACCCAACCAAAGACAGCUAUACAAAUGAGCACAACAACGACUACAUGGUGGAAAACAAUGAAGCAGAAUCAAACAAUGUGUCUCAUGAUGCAAGUGGUCGAAAUCCAAUGUUCAACAACACACAAUUCUCAAAGAACAGCGACAUCGCAUACAAUAACGAAUUCAAUUAUCCACAAAAGAGUACAGGAGAAUAUCAAGUGGUCGAAAAUUGGAAUUGUGUACAAGGAUCAACAGAGGAUCACCCUGAUGGUAUGACUUUUCUCAUUGCUGGGAAAUGCUCACAUCUUUCAAAGGAUUUCAAGAUUUUCCCAUAUUCUCAUAUCUCAGAUGGAUACAUCGACCUGUUAAUUUCCACACAAAGCGACAAAAAGAAACUGUUACCUUGGAUUUUCACCCCAACGAACAAGGCAGGAUUAGAAAUUAAUUACAAUCUGGCUGAUAGCACUAGAGAUAAUUGGUUAAUAGAUGUAAAUCAAUGCAUUCAAUACUACAAAACCAAAGAGUUAAUUUUUAAAAUUGGUAACUUUGAGAUACCCCUAUCAAUAGAUGGGGAGCUCACUGAUAUUAGAGAAACAUUUGGAUUCGGUUGUGAUACACUCAAAAUAGAAACACAUAAAAAUUGGUGUGCAAUAUUUAUUUUUGUAAACCAUCCUGGCAUGUCAGGAAGUUUUGACAUUUACUCUCCUACUCAUACUCAUAUUUAUGGCAAUAGAUAUGAAAGAUAA